AUUGUGCAUUCAGCUUUUUUGAACAGAACUAAUAAGCAGCAAAAGUUCAAUUAUGGCUAAAUUUAUUCUUAUCCUUGUUUUCUUUCUCCACUGGCAACGUGUUUAUGGGGCCGUUAAUCCUUAUACUGGAAACACAAACGGCAGCUCUCCAAGUGCAAACUGUGGUUGUGACGAGUAUUACAUUUAUGGAAGAUCUGGAAAUUCCUACUGCGGCGCAAAUCAAACUCUGCCCUGUGACGAAUUGGCUGCUCUUAGAACUGUAAUAACCAGUUUUAGGUUGAUUCCAACAAUGUCCAUCUCUGCUUCAUACUGUCAAAUCAGCAGCAACCUGGAAUCUGAUGCUGCAAUAAGGUGUAAUUGUAGUUUCAAGGACGACAAAGGCAGCCUCAUUUGCCACAUAAUUGCAAUAAAUAUGAUGGGCAAAACACUAAGUGGUUCUGUCGAUAACGCAAUAAGUGGGCUUCAAUACCUUCAAAUGCUGCGUGUUUCCAGCAAUCAAUUGAUUGGAUCAAUACCUGAAAGCCUGGGAAAUUUAACCAAUCUUGAGACGCUUUAUCUAAACGACAACCAACUUGAUGGUACUAUUCCUAGCAGUUUCCAAUAUUUAAAGUCGCUCAAGUACUUGGAUCUUUCAAACAAUUACUUGAAUGGUCCAAUGACUAGCUUGGGCAAUCUGCAAAAUUUGGUUUUGCUCAAUUUGCGCUACAACUUUCUGAAUGGGCAAAUACCUCCUUCAUUUGGUAACCUCUCAUCGCUAACUACGUUGAAUCUUUACAGUAACAUGUUAUCAGGCUCAAUUCCUGAUCUUGGGAACCUCUCUCAACUUUCCUUUUUGGCCUUGGAUGACAAUGAACUCAAUGGUUCACUUCCUCAAGGAAUCGGAAAAUUGAAAAAUCUUAGAAGACUCUGGUUGACGUCCAACCAUCUUACUGGGGGCAUUCCGGAAAGUUAUUCUCAACUUACUGCACUUGAAAUCUUUGCAGUAGCUGGAAACGAUUUGUCUGGUUCUGUACACAAAUACAUUGCAGGCUGGAAGAACCUUACUUAUCUGAUUCUUCUGGGAAAUAAUUUUGAAGGAAACAUACCAGAGGAGAUUUUUAACCUUCCGAGUCUUCAGACAUUGUGGGUUAGUGGGCUAAGGAAUCCUGGUUUUACUUUCCCUAAGAAAGCAAACUUGGUGAAUAUAUAUUCUUUGAUACUGAGGAAUUGCUCAAUCAAUGGAUCAAUACCUCCAUAUAUUGCUAAAUGGCCUGAAUUGACGUCUCUCGAUUUGAGCUUCAACAACUUGAUUGGUGAAAUUCCUCGCUUUGGUCCAAAUUUAAAAAAGAUAUUUUUAGCAAGCAAUAAGCUUAAUGGGACGUUUCCUUCAUGGAUCACUCAUGCGAAAUCGGAACCCUCACAGCUUUAUGACUCACUAAAAGUCGAUCUUUCACUCAACAAUUUCACAAAUGUGCCGGAUGUGAACCGGGAAAACGGAACACUUUCACAUUUGCCGAAUACAAUUAUUAUUGAGCCGAGCAGUGACUACAUAUCUCGAAAAGGAAGAGAAUGUCCCGCAAAGUAUCACUCCUUGUCAAUAAACUGUGGUGGCGAGGAGGUGAAGUUUGACAAGCAAAAAUAUGAAAAUGAUACUGCAUUAUCAUAUUUUUACGAAAGUCCGCAAGCAAAUUGGGCUUAUAGCUUUUCUGGAGACUAUAUCUCACCAACCAUCAAUGCAAGUGGUUACAUAAAGAACUUAACGUGUGGAGUUUCUGUUCCUGAGGCACAGUUAUAUGUCAAUGCCCGAGUUGCUCCUGUCUCUCUCACCUAUUUUGCCUUCUGCUUGCGCAAAGGAAAAUACGAGGUCAAACUUUAUUUUGCUGAAACUUUAUUUUCUAAAAAGGAAGAUCACAGUAUUGUGGGGAAACGUCUUUUUGAUGUACAUAUUCAGAAACGGGAAUCGCUAUUCACGAUGUAUUGUGGCGGAAACCGCUCCUUUUUGAUGUUACAUAUUCAGGGUGGAAAAGCCCUGUAUUUACAGGAUUUCAACAAUAAAAGCCCGCCAGAAAGCUGGCCAUAA